AUGGCUGUUGGUGAUAGCGACAUGGCUGAGACACCAACAAUAACUGGUGUGAUAAGUUGCGAUCUUCUCAGGCUGGCCCGACAACCUGUCCCAUACUCUCCCCGAUCAAGUGAAUCCAUCAACAGUCUCGUUGUAAUGAUGCUCCCUAUUCAAGUUUGGCUCACGCCUACAACCCCCAACCCAUGGAAAGUCGUUCUGAUACUUGAUGAGCUUGGGGUUCCAUAUGAGAUUGAGGCUUUCCGCUUUGACGACAUCAAGAAGGAACCCUUCAUUAAGCUCAACCCCAAUGGAUCAGUUCCAGCGAUCGUGGACCCAAAUACAAACGUCACUCUCUGGGAGUCUGGGGCGAUUAUCACCUACAUCAUUGAACAGUAUGACAAAGACAUGACUUUGGCGUACUCAAAUGAGCGAUUAGGCGAUAAACAUGCAUUGAACCAAUGGCUACAUUUCCAGAUGAGUCUUCAAGGGCCGUUCUUCCAUCAAGCUGGGUGGUUCAACUUCCUUCAUCCAGAAAAGAUACCUUCUCGACAGCUUGCUGUGCUGGACGGUGUCCUUGAAGGGCGUGAGUGGCUUGUUGGUGAGAAGAUUACAUAUGCUGAUCUCGCGUUUGUACCAUGGAAUGAUAUUCUCCACCAGUGUAUUCCAAUGCCUGAGGAAGACCGAUUCAUAAACUUUCCUAACGUCAAAGCUUGGCAUGAGAGGAUGACAUCCCGACCAUCGUGGCAGAAACUUGGUCAAGCCAGAAAGGAAGCUAUGGAGAAACAGGACCUGAACUGGACGGGUAUGCCCCGUGGAAUCAAGUCAUACAAUGAGUACUUAGAGAAGAUCGCCAAGGGCGAGGACACUAGGGCUCAGCAUUGA